AACUACUAAAGGUCUAGUUGAGAAAAAGGCUUUCGAAGAUACAGAUUCGAUUAUCAAAUUUCAGAAGUUUGAUGUUUCAGAAAAUAAUCCGUUCAUUCUUGUUAUAAUAACUUCUCUAAUGAAAAGAGUCCACGAGAGGAUAAGAAGUUCUGGUGAGAUGGUAUUUUUGGAUUCUAGUGGUGGGAUGGAAGAAUAUAACCUACGCGUAUUUCUUAUGGUUACACAUUCUUUUUCUGGUGCACUUCCUUUAGGAAUUAUUGUAACAAGUGACGAAACCACUGAUACAUUAACUAAAGCAUUAGAAAUGUUUGUUUCUUUAUUACCAGAUUAUGCUUUCCAUGGUAAAGGAGUAGUUGGUCCUGAUGUAAUAAUGACAGAUAAUUGUGACGAGUUAAAAGAUGCACUACAUGCUGUAUGGCCAAAGUCUAACUUAUUAUUAUGUGUGUUUCACUUGAUGCAACAAGUUUGGAGGUGGCUUUUUGAUAAGAAUCAUGGCAUUUUAAAUCAGGAUAGACCAAGUAUUAUUAACCAGUUUAAAAAAGUUGUUUAUGCUAAUUCAGUUAAAGAAUGUGAAGAUGCUUUCAGUAACAUUAUUGAUUUGUAUGGAGAGAAGUAUCCAAAAUUAAAAUUGUACCUGUUAAAUGUUUUUGAGAUAAAAGAACGAUGGUGCAUAUGCUUUCGAAAAAACAUUACAAUCAGGGGUAAUAAUACCAACAAUUAUGUUGAAGCUCAAUUUCUGGUAUUGAAGGAUAACAUACUAAACAGAACAAAAGAGGUUAAUGUCAAUGGACUUGUGGAAAAACUUACCCAAGAUUUUAAUGAACAUUAUAAAGCCAAACUUCUGAGCAUUGCAAAUGGGCGAUUCGAUGGUAUUUACAGCAAUCGAUUUAUGGGUAGAGACAAAGGAAAGAAAGUAGUUGGAUUCGCUCUACCUUCUCCAGAAGUGCUUCAAAAUGUUGAAAAACAAAUAUCCAAAGUUGGACUAGAAUUGUACACUGUGCCUAGUUUCAAUUUAUCUGGUGUACAUUAUAAUGUAGAUAUGAGUAUAGGUAUAUGUGAUUGUUCUGUAGGGUGUGACGGUUCACCUUGUAAACAUCAGUACAUUGUUUGGAAAAAACAUUUAUAUAGUACAAAUUUUCUUCCAUAUCUAAGCUGUAAAGAGAGACAGCUGUGUUCAUACAUUGCUAUUGGAGCAAUUCUACCCGACUCUCUUUACGAAGGAUUACAUGAUUAUGUUAGAGACAAGCAUGAUGAGUUUAUCUAUAAAGAUAACUUCAGCGCACCUUCGUGUUGUGAAGAUAUUAGUAAUUAUGAGGAAACCGAUUUUAAAAUUGAUCGUUCUGAAAGUGUAAAUAAUCAAGGCAUAAGUGCGAGUACUGUUCAAACCUCUAAUACUGAAAAUAUUCAGCAAGAGUUGGCGGAGGCGUUUAAGAUAAUGAGCAUCUUAGUGGAUAAACAUUAUAAUAAUGCUGAUUUUUUGAAAGGAGUUUCAAAAUUUUGUACUCGCUUGAAAAUGAAUGAAAACAGAAUUUCUAAUUUAACUUCAUCAUUGCAUUGUUUUGGUAUUGAUUCUUAUCAGUCUAAACGCAUAACCAAUACUACUCUUCGUAAAAAAAGAAAUGGAGUAAAAAUAAAAGUUCAACCUGAGGCAGUUAAACGGCGUAAAGUUAAAAAUGGGAGCAAGACGUUUGUUCAAAAAGGAAUGGCAAAGCGCAAUAACCCUUUUAAUGUAUCUGACGUCAGUACUAAAAGAGCACAUUCUUUUUCCCAGUGCGUUAAAGACAAUGUCACUGUUUCUAAAAAAGCUGGUAGAACGAUGGGAUCAAAAACAAAGUUAUUAUCUUCAACAAUGCCAACUAAAAGUGAAGAGUGAUUCAGCCAUUUAGUCAAAUUAACUUGAUUUUUUUCAGUAAAAUUGCAAUCACUAUGUGUGUUGGGGAGAGUGUGCACCCUUGAUCCUGAAAUCCAGGGAGCUUUAAGUUAAUAACAAACCCCUAAAAUAAUAAUAAUUGGAGAACUAUUAUUGAAUAUAAAAACAUAUAGACUUUAUUAAAGUUUAUUAGAACCAUAAAUAAAGAUAACUCUAAAUUAGUUUUAUAAUUUUGAGUUUAAUUUUUUAUUUUGUUUAAUUUUUUGCCCCUGGAUUUUAGGAUCAAGGGUGCAUACUUUCCACGGUGUUGGAUGUACAAAAUUACAAUUAAAAAAAUAACUUGUUUAAA